AUGGCUUUAUCCUUCGGGAUCAAAGAUUAUAUUGAAGGUGGAGUUAUCACAGCCGUGAUUCUUCUUAAUAUUGUCGUUGGAUUCGUCCAAGACUACCGUGCAGAAAAGACAAUAUUAUCCCUCCAAGCCUUAUCUGCUCCCACAUGCAAAGCUGUACGUGAUGGUAGAAUUGAGUCUAUCAAAGCGGAAUCCUUGGUUGUAGGUGACGUCGUCCAGCUAGCUGUGGGGGACAUGGUACCUGCCGAUCUAAGGCUAUUCGAUGGUGUCAAUGCUUCUACCGAUGAGGCUCUCUUAACCGGAGAAUCCAUGCCUAUCUCUAAACACCCAGAUGCCCUUUUCACAACUAAAGAUAUGGCAGUUGGAGACCGCACAAACAUGGCUUACUCAGGCAGUAUCAUGACAAGAGGCCGAGCUACUGGAAUUGUUAUAUCGGUAGGUAUGGAUACGGAAGUCGGGAAAAUUGCCCAACUUCUUCGUGACAACACUCUUCAGGCAGAGAAUGCCUCGAUCUACAGCCGAGUUUGGAAACGAUUCAAGAGAAGCUUCGACCAAGUCCUAGGCUUGGUUGGCACGCCCCUACAAGUGAAACUCAGCAAAUUCGCCCUUCUGCUCUUUGCUCUCGCCAUAAUGCUAGCUAUCAUUGUCUUCUCCGCGAACAAGUGGAAUGUCCAAGGCGAGGUCCUCAUUUAUGGUAUUUGCGUUGCGGUCGCUGUUAUCCCAGAAUCUCUGAUUGCGGUAUUGACCAUUACCGUUGCCGUUGGUACCAAAUCGAUGGCAAAGGGCAAUGUCAUUGUCAGAAAACUCCAAGCUCUCGAAGCGGUGGGAGGAGUGACCAACAUCUGCUCUGAUAAGACUGGUACACUCACUCAGGGCAAGAUGAUCGCCCGCAAAGCCUGGAUACCUGGCACCGGCACUCUUGCUAUCCACGACACCAACAGCCCAUUUGAUCCUGACAGUGGCCUUCUCCAAAUUGGUGGAAAGGACAUACAGCCAAAAAACCUUGAGAAUAACCUUAGACUUACAAAAUUCCUGCAUACCAUCGCUCUUUGCAACUUGUCUUCCGUAUAUAACCCAGAUAACAAGUUAUCGACUGAAGGCUCCCAUGCUGUCGACUCAAAAGGAGGGGACUGGGUUGCAGUUGGAGAGCCUACCGAAAUUGCUCUCCAUGUACUUGCCAUCAGAUUUAACUCUGGCAAACGUUCUGUCAUUGAAGAUAAUGGCUUGGAGCUCGUUUCCGAAUUCCCGUUUGAUUCUGCUAUCAAACGAAUGACUGUGGUUUAUAAGAGAGCUGGAUCUGAACAUGCAGCAGCCUACUCAAAGGGUGCCACGGAAUCCAUGCUUCCACUUCUAUCAAUAGACGAUGAUAUGAAGCAGGAAAUUCGGGCAAAGGUUGACAGGAUGGCAGGCGAAGGUCUUCGCGUCCUUUGCAUUGCUCACAAAACCCUAUCCCCCGAAACCUUGAACAACCUCCCUGAUCGAACAGAACUCGAGAAAGGUCUUGACUUCGUCGGACUCGUUGGCCUCUACGACCCCCCUCGCAUGGAAACAGCUGGAGCGGUCCGCAAAUGCCAUAUGGCUGGUAUUACUGUUCACAUGCUAACCGGAGAUCACAUCAAGACUGCAACCGCGAUAGCGUAUGAAGUCGGAAUCCUUGGGAACCUGACUCCAAACGUCCGAGCCAGCAAAGUUGUUAUGGGUGCCGACGAAUUUGACAAAAUGACAGAUGAAGAAAUCGAUGCUAUCGAAGCUCUCCCACUUGUUAUUGCCCGAUGCAGUCCAUCAACAAAGGUCCGUAUGGUAGAAGCCAUGCAUCGACGCGGUGCUUAUUGUGUCAUGACUGGUGACGGUGUGAACGAUUCGCCAGCUUUAAAGCGUGCUGACGUUGGAAUUGCCAUGGGCAAGAAUGGAAGUGAUGUAGCCAAAGCUGCUGCAGACAUGGUUUUAACGGACGAUGAUUUUGCAUCAGUGGUCAAAGCCGUCGAGGAAGGACGACGCCUUUUUGACAAUAUUCAAAAGUUCUUGAUGCACUUGUUGAUAUCUAAUAUUGCCCAAGUCAUUCUUCUGUUGAUUGCACUAGCAUUCAAAGAUGAUGAAGGAAGCUCUGUGUUCCCGCUUUCGCCCUUGGAGAUUCUUUGGGCAAACCUGAUCACGUCCUCUUUCUUGGCCCUUGGGCUCGGCCUGGAGGAAGGCCAGGCAGAUAUCAUGUAUCGACCGCCACACAACCUGCGUGUCGGUGUUUUCACAAAGGAACUCAUUGUCGACAAAAUGAUAUACGGUACCUUUAUGGGAAGCCUCUGUCUUGUCUCCUUCGUCUCCGUCGUUUACGGUGUUGGAGGUGGCUCCUUAGGUCAGGACUGCAACGAAGACUGGAACCCAACUUGUGACAUUGUUUUCCGUGCCCGUGCCACCACCUUUGCAACAUUGUCUUUCCUUCUACUGGUGACAGCCUGGGAAGUGAAGCACUUCUCCCGUUCAUUAUUCAAUCUUGACCCAUCCCGCUAUCCGGGGGUCUUCUCUAUCUUCCCAACCCUCUGGCGAAACAGGUUCCUCUUCUGGGCUGUAGCAGCUGGAUUCGUGACUUCCUUCCCAGUCAUCUAUAUUCCCGUUGUUAACAAGCUAGUAUUCAAACACAUCGCCAUAUCCUGGGAAUGGGGCAUUGUAGCUGGCUGUGUGGCCGUCUACAUUGCUUUGAUUGAGAGUUGGAAGGCAGUGAAGCGGGCUUUGAAGAUCGGAAGUGCCGGUACAUCGCUAAUUACAAUGCAAGAUGCAGAAAUGAGAGCUGGGCUAUUCAUGUCAGAUAGCCUUCUGACCGAUAGUGCUAUCACCUCUCGAGAAGAAACACUGGAGAAGAAAGAAUAG